ACGAUCUGUACUAAUCAAAUUUUGGUGGGGAAAUAUAAUGCCCAAGAACAUUUUAGGGAAGAGAGAAAUAAACGGUAUGAAGUAUGAACAAAGUUGGGUGACUAUUUGGCGGGAAAGCGAUUCGGAACUACAGCACAGGUCACAGCAAUUGAGUAGAUAGACAAAGAUAAGAAAUGGCGGAGAAGCUCAUCAAGGAUAUGGGUUUGUCCAAAGCAAUGGCCAACGUUUUUGCAGCACGUAACAUUACCACCGCCAAGGAAGCCCUAUCCCUAACCGAAUUCGAGUUGAUGCAGUUGUUGGAUGUGGGAAUGGCGGACGUCUCAUCUGCACUAUCCCGCAUUAGCGAAAUCGCUUGCCCUCCAUACCAAACCGCACUGACCCUGAUGGAGCAAAGGGUUCAAAAGGAGGACCAUGGUGGCCAUCUUCCUACUGGUCUGAAGGGGUUAGAUGAAGCCUUAUGUGGUGGAAUACCAUUCGGUGUUCUGACUGAGCUGGUUGGUCCUGCCGGAAUCGGCAAAACACAAUUUUGUAUGAAGCUCUCAUUAUUGGCUUCAUUGCCAACAGCUUAUGGAGGUUUAAAUGGCCAUGUUAUCUACAUUGAUGUUGAGUCCAAAUUUAGUUCAAGAAGGAUGAUAGAAAUUGGAGUCCAAAGUUUCCCAGACAUAUUUAACAUGAAAGGAGUGGUGCAGGAGAUGGCAGGUAGGAUCCUAGUUUUGCGGCCAAAUACCCUUUCUAAAUUUACUGAGAGUUUGCAACAAAUCAAGCUUAUUCAACGCCAGGUGAAGUUGAUAGUCAUUGACAGCAUUGCUGCUAUUAUGUCGGGGGAUUUUGCGCAUGGAGCUUCAAGACAAAAUUUACUAGGUUGGCAUGUUUCUUUUAUCAAAUCACUUGCUGAAUCUUCACGAAUCCCUAUUGUAGUUACAAACCAAGUCAGAUCUCAAACUCGUGAAGAAGGUUCCCUGUACUCUUUUCAAGUUCAGCGGACAGACGAUCCUGCGGGAUUUGAUUCUCACCUUGUUGCUGCUUUGGGUAUUAAUUGGGCUCACUCUGUCACCCUUCGUCUAGUGCUUGAAGCUAAAUCAGGUCAGAGAUUUAUUAAGCUGGCGAAAUCCCCAUUGUCACCGCCUCUGGCUUUCCCUUUCAUCAUCACAUCAGCUGGAAUAUCAUUGUUAAAUGAUUAUGGGGCAGAACUGAAAGGGAUGGAGAUAAACAGAAUUCAUCAGCAUGGUCACAGUGACAUCAUAAACUUUGAUGGGAAGGGUUGCAGUGAAAAAUGGAGGAAUCCAUCCUAAUUCAAUUUGCGAUCAUGCUGCAAAAAUUUGUGCGGUGAAGUGAUUCAUAAUUUCAUGAUUGUACAUUGAAAUUCUGUAUUUUAAUAUUACUAACUUUAUAUUUAAUUAAAUGCGGAAUAAAAGGUUGGUACUAGAACAGAUAUUAUGUAGCUACAGACAGAGCUGUAACUACUGAAAUACACAACAGAAGGAUAAAAUAGAAAAAUAAAAAAACACUGUUUUUUUA